UUCCUCGACACCCUCCUCAGUCCCGGCAGCUGCCAUGUCGACAGAGGGUUAGGCCGCGGCUUCGAUGAAAACUGACGGAGCAUGGAGCUGCGGCGGGCUGCAGGGUCGCUCAAUCUGCCCAUGGGGCCUGACUCGCUCUGCUUCAAUAAGGAUGAGUUUAUGAAGGAUAAUUUUGAUGUGGAUCAUUUUGUGUCUGAGUGCAGAAAACAUGUUCAGUUGGAGACUCUUCGGGAUGAUUUGGAACUUUAUUAUAAGCUCCUGAAAACUGCUAUGGUAGAACUGAUAAAUAAAGACUAUGCAGACUUUGUCAACCUUUCUACCAAUUUGGUUGGCAUGGAUCGAGCUUUGAAGCAACUGACAGUACCGUUGGGCCAGUUGAGGGAAGAGGUGAUGAGUCUCAAGCUAGCAGUUAGUGAAGGAAUUCAAGCCAUUGAUGACCGUCUGCUGAAAGAAGAUGACAUCCGAAAGAAAAAGAUGUGUGUGUUAAGACUGCUUCAAGUAAUCCGAUCAGUGGAGAAAAUUGAGAAAAUCCUUCACUCUCAGUCGUCCAAAGAGGCUUCUCCCUUAGAAACAAGUGGCCCUCCUUUGGCAGGACAGAUGCUGGAAAGAAUUGGGACUGAAUUUAACCAGUUACAUUUUCAUGCUGUGCAGAGCAAAGGAAUGCCCCUUUUGGACAAAGUGAGACCUCGAAUAGCUGGAAUCACAGCCAUGCUUCAGCAGUCCCUGGAAGGGCUGCUGUUGGAAGGCCUGCAAACUGCCAAUGUUGAGAUUGUACGUCCUUGUUUACGAACAUAUGCGACCAUAGACAAAACGAGGGAUGCAGAGGCACUGAUUGGUCAGGUGCUUGUGAAACCAUAUGUGGAAGAGGUAAUUGAUGAGCAAUAUGUUCGAUCUGGGACAAAUGGCCUCAGAGAAAUGUAUGGAAAGCUGCUAGACUUCAUUCCUAACCACUGUCGACUCCUCCAAGAUGUGACUGGAGGAGCAGUAAUUGGUGAUAAGGCAGAAGUGAUUCCAGGCUAUGAUUUUACAGUGAAUUCAGUCUGGCCAGAAAUGGUACGAGGUUUAGAAGAAAAGGUGCCUUCAUUAUUUAAUCCAGGAAAUCCAGACAUGUUCCAUGAGAAAUACACAGUAACUAUGCAAUUCGUUAGAAAAUUUGAGUGGCAGUGUGCAUCCCAAGCAAGUGUAAAGAGACUGCGAUCACACUCGGCAUAUAAGAAUUUCAACAAUAAAUGGAGCCUGCCUGUUUACUACCAGAUCAGGUUCAAGGAAAUUGCUGGAAAUUUGGAAACCUCUAUGUCUGACGGUUUAAAGGAAGCGCCAGAUGGAAGUGAGUUUAAGCUUUCGGUUACUCACGUUCUGUGGCAGAACCUUCUGAAAUGCUGGGCUGAUCACAUCUAUCUCCCUCCACUUGCUCAUCGCUUCUGGAAGUUGACUCUGCAGUUGCUAGCACGUUAUUCUAAGUGGAUAGAUGAGUUGAAAAUUGCAUCACCAAACAAAGACCUUGAUCAGGACGGGGUCAAAGCUUCAGCUGCUAGCAACAACAAUCUAGUGAACUCGCUAAAUGAAAGUAAUGAAGACCAGGGAAAUGGGCUGGCUUCAGAUGUUAAAGUUGUACCAUCUCUUUCUGUUAACCAACUUGCAUACCUCGUUUCAGACCUGGAUAAAAUUCAGGAACAGCUUCCAGGCCUCUUGGAGAUAAUUAAACCAAGGUUGGUGAACAUCGGGUUUGCAAAUUUCUCCCUCAUUUCGGAAGCACUUGCAGAUUCUCAGAUUUCAGUGGAAAGCAAGCUACCUGCAUUAGGUGAUAGAAUUGUUGAGGAACUGACUGAAGCCUGUUUCAGUUAUCUUAAAAAUGCAUCUGAAGUGCCCAGGCUGUAUCGAAGGACGAACAAGGAAGUCCCUAUCAAGGCUUCCUUAUAUGUUGAAAAUGCUUUGAAACCCCUGCACCAACUUCAAUCCGAAUAUAAAACAGUUGUGAAAGAAAAGAGGAUAGAGGAGUGGCUGUCAGGUGCUCUCAGAAUUUGCAGUGAAAGGUAUUAUGAAACAGUUUCUGACGUUCUUAGCUCCGUUAAAAAGAUGGAGGAGAGUCUCAAGCGACUGAAACAAGCACGGAAAUCUGCAGCUGCAAGCAGCAUGGGAACAACUAGUGGCAUUAGUGAUGAUAACAAAAUCAGGUUGCAGCUCGCUUUGGACAUUGAAUACUUAUAUGAUCAAGUCCAGAAACUAGGUUUGCAGAUGUCAACUUUCACACAGUUUGCAGCUUUGCUAGAAUUAGCUCAAUCAGCCAAAGCAACAGCCACUGUCGAUCCAGUCUGAGAAAUCACUGGAACCAGGUUUCAAUGGGUGUCUAGAAUCACCUGCAUUAUACAACCAAUACAACAGUAUCACAGUUAAACACUAUCAGGAGCUUGCCAGAGUUAACUCCAUCAGAACCUGUACCUUCAAUUUAUCCUACCCCAUCUUGCUCAAUUUCUAGUUUUCAUAAGUAUAAAAACGUGAUCACAGUUUGUAAAUCAUUUAAAAAUACUGCAGAAUACGGCUCAAUGAUGAUGGAUCUGUACUUGAACAUUACUGAAUGCAGAGCUGGACAAUGUGUUGUGGAUUUCAGUGCCUGCUUCAGAUAAGUGUAGUUUUAUUUUCACAUUCCUUGGAGAAGCUUGGAAUCAAAACUACAAACUGAAAGGAACUACAAAUUACUUCUGUUUUGAGCUUGUAAAGUAAAUUGUUAUUAUAAUUCCAGCUGUCAAUGAUUUGUUCGUCUAUUUAAAUAAAUCCAAUAAGGAAUUCACAUCAAACUUCUUUAUUCAGAGAGUGGUGACAAGGUGAAACACAUUAUUACAGGGAGUGGUUGAGACAGAUGUCAUACAGCAGGCUGAAUCUGCAUCCAUUGGAGUUCAGAAGAAUGAGAGGUGAUCUUAUUGAAACAUGUAAGAACCUGAAGAGACUCGACAAAGUGGCUGCUUAGUGGAUGUUGCCUUGUGGGAAUGACCAGACCUUGGGAACAUAGUUUAAAAAUAAGGGAUCUUCUAUUUAAGGUGAGAUGAGAAGAAUUUUCUUUCUUAGCUGAGUUAGAUUGUUGAAUUCACUUCCCAAUCAAAUUGCAAAAGUGGUUUCAGGGAGUAUUUUGAAGGUUGAAUUAGAUUGACUUGCUUGUCAAUCAAGAGACUAUGUAUAUAUGGAUUGCCAGGAAAGUGGAGCUGGGUCUACAAUCUGAUCAGCCAGAUCCUAACGAAUAGAAGUGCAGACUUAUAAGAGCUGAUUGGCCUACUGUUACUUAAAAUCUGUGUUUGUAGGAACUGUAGCACUGCAUUAGAGAAGUUAAACUGGACAAUCAUGUGGAGCUGGAUUUUACACUUCUCUGCUGGUUGGCUUAAACAUUGGGGUGGGAGCAGCUUGUUAAAUCCAGCAGGAGUCUGCCCACCACUUACCCACCACCUUAUAACAGUGGUGGGACUGGUGCCAGGUAGCCUUCCACUACUGGGAUUUAACGAAUGGUGGGAGAUGCCUAAGCUAAAUAGCCAGUUUGGCAACCAGCAUAUUUCCCAAUUAUUUAUCCCUGUCCUGAUCUGACAUUAUGUCUCUCUGCUGUGUAGAACUGUCAGCCUCUGGCUAGCAAUUCUGAGUUGGCACCCCCUCAUGCUGAGUGAAGAAAUCCACCUCCAGCCUCCUCUCAACCAGUGGCUACUGGGCAGCUGGCGUUCCCCUUGGCAGGAUUCCCCCUGACCAGUUAGCCAGGAGAUUCUGGCAUGUCAAGUAAUCCAACUCACCAGGGAGAGAGGAAUAGAAUGAGACCAUGAGGAUACAGAUGAGGACUGCGUGGAACAUAAACACUAGCAUUGGUACUUGGACCUAAUGAUCUAUUUGUGCUGUUUUCUUUAAUUUAGAUUUAGUUUCUCUUGUCUAAUGUGAAGGCAUUAGCAGCACGACUCUGCUACUAGCCCUAGUCUGUCACAAUUUCUUGCUCCAGUUUAGGUGAUGCCCCACUCCUGAAGAUCCUUCUUAAACAUACUUCACCAGGCUUCUUUGCCUGGUGCCAUCUUCUUUCUCCAUCUAGCACCGGACAUUCUCUACAUAAUGUAAUUCUAUAAAAUAAAUAAAGCUUCAAUUCCCAAGUCUGUUGAAUGAUCAUGAAUGGUCCUGAAACUACGUAUGACAGCAUGUGAAAUAAUGCAGACUCUGCCUGAUGCCAUUGGAGAUGGACAGUUGCUCUCCUUAUUACUGUGUGCUUUGUGCAUAGCCCUAAGUGGGACUGGGCCAUACAGUCAAAUGAUUGUAUUGAAUUAUCUGACCUGGCUGGGGCAGCAUUGUGACUCUUGGUGUCAAUCGUCCAAGAAUGGCAAUCAGCAAUCUCCGCAGUACUCCUGAUCCCUGUUCACUGGGUGUGGUUCCUGUUAGGAAGUGCAGGUUUGUCAACAAAUUGGGAGACUGGCAUUAACCUUGCAUUUGGUGACCCUGCCGUGUGUUUCUGCUAACGUCCAGUUUUGCAUUUGAAAACCAACAUUUGGGAGAGAGGACUGGGAGGGGCUACAUGCAAUGCAUCCCUCAGGACAAGGCCCUGGCUUCAGCUGAUGUGAAGAAUGAAGUCUAUAACUUGAUGGAGAAAAUUGUGGCUGUUUAACUGUGUGAGGAGUAAGAUCUACAAGGGAUGGAAUUUAUUUUAUGACUGUACAGGGCUCAGGUUUGAUCACAUCUGAAGUAGUCCUCAGUUUAGAUUAAAGGCAGGUUUUUUAUGGGUAAUGUCAGAAAGCGCAUCUUCCCUUUCUAUGAAGUGUAGGUCUGGAACUAUCUCCCCAGUAAUCUGCUGUGUUUGGGGGCCAACUGCAAAUGUUAAAACUGUGAUUGGAUAGAUCCUUGUGAUUCCAGGUUAUGGAACCAAGGAGAGUAUAUGUAGUAAAGUUGGAGAUUAGCUAUGAUAUUAUUGAUCAGAUUAACUCAAAGAAUUGAAUGGUGUGCUCUUCCUAUUGCUAAACAUUCAUAUUGUGUUAAAAGCACAAUAGCAGGGCUCUUUUGGCACAGUAGUAGUAUCCCUGUCUCUAUGCCAGGAGGCCCAGAUUCAAAUCCCACCUGCUGCAGAGGUAUGUAAUAACAUCUCUGAACAGGUUGAUUAGAAAAUACCUACAAACACAGUUCUAUCCCAUUCCAAUUCUGAAUGAUUCACAUCUGAAUCUAAUCGCUAAACAGUAAUGAUGCAUUAACCAUUCAGAUAUAAGCUCCUUCUGCAACACCUUCUCCCUCCACAGACUGCAGAGUAAGUGCAUGAACUGAAUUUAAUUUCUUGAUUGUGCCUUUCACUUUCUUAAAAUCGUAGAGUCAUACAGCAUGGAAACAAUUGCCCUUGAUUGAAGAUGCACAUCUCCCCAUCAUCUGAUUUCAGGCACAUAGAUAUUGCAAUGAUUUAAGUUCAAUUAUAUUUGUAGUAUAAGCAACAUAUACAUUGCUAAUGUUUUUAAUGCCUACAAUGCAUACCUAAACCAGUUGCUGACCGCAGAUAUUCAAGUUUGCAUCCCUUCUAGGCUGUUCAAACUGCUACUAGACAACUUGGACAUUUUCUGGAUUGAAAUUAUGUGAUUUCUUAGUAAUGACGCCAAACAUUUUAGGUGUUCUUGCUAUAAGCCAACUUCUUAGGGGAGAUGUGGUGGCUCAGUGGUUAGUACUGUUGCCUCACCGGGCUAGGGACCUGGGUUCGAGUCCACCCUUGUGCGGCUGUCUGUGUGGAGUUUGCAUAUUUACCCUGUGUCUGCAUGGGUUUCCUCCAGUGCUCCAGUUCCCUUCCACAGACUAAAGAUGUGCAGGUUCAGUGGAUUGGCAAUGCUAGAUUGCCCAUAGUGUCCAGGGAUGUGCAGGCUAGGUGGAUUAGCCAUGCAAAAUGCAGAGUUACAGGAAUUGUGUGGGGUGUGAGUCUGGGUGGGAUGCUGUUUGGAGGAUUCAGUGGGCUGAAUGGCUUGCUUCCCCACUGUAGGGAUUCUAAUUUUUUUUGCAGUAAAUCGGGUGACUUUGAAGAAGUUGCUAAGCAAAGGUUUCAGGAUGAUCAGAGUUGGGGUUAUUGCCAAAUUACUGAUUUUUGAAAAACUCAGGUUUUGAGACUACUGGGGCUAAUGCUAAUGGUUGCUUUACUACCCUGUCUAGUCCUAGGAUUCUGUUCUGUAGAUCCUGCAGUCAACGUAAGAAAGAUACCCCAAAAGCUGACAUCUCUGUCCUGAAAUCCUGUUUCUUUAUAGGAUCUUUGUCACCAAUCUACAGCUGUACAGGAAAUUCAGCUAUCCUAAUAAGUAAGCACAUUUUAUCCUUUGUUUCUAGACAGACAGGAUUUUUAUUCUUCUCUUUUUGCCACUUCUUUUUAAUAAACGCAUCAUCUUUGCAAAGAUGUAACUUGCUUUUGUUGUGUGCCUGUUUGUGGAAGUGAGAGGAUAUUGUUUUAAUUUCGGAUUAACAGAGUUUGCCAUUUUGAGUUCAUUGAAGAAACCUGAUGGAUAUUUCUAUUUCAUACUAAAUAAAAGCAAUUAACCAUUUUAGUAAUUGAAUCAACGCAUUUGCUGCAGUGAUGUGGACAGUGGAGUAGUGAGGCUUGAUUAUCCACAUAGUCCUUUGUCCCCGUCAGAGCAUAUGUACACUGCCCUUUGUACUUCUGCUUUCAGCUCUCUGUGGCGUACACUGAACAACUUGAGCAAUAUUGAUUGUAAUUGUUAUUGUUUCCAAAAGUGAAAUAUCUUAAAUCAUUGAGAGUACAUUAAAUAUCUUAUUAAUUUAACAAUAUGUGUACAUCUGAUGACUGGUUUUCACUGGUUCAUUGCAUUCUCAAGGUUUAAAUGGAAUCUGUUCUUUUUUUUAAACCCCUCAACGCUUCCUUCAUGAAGGCCAGAAGGUUGAUACUUAGGAAUGCUGCAGCUCAAGACAGGAUUAUUCCAACAUCUUUCUGAACUCAUUCCAUGAAAUCCAGACCAGCAUCUUUAAACCAAUAAAGAUGUUGAAUUAAUAUGUCUUUUACAUCCACAGAGUGUCCAACUGCAUUUCACGGCCAAAUUGUGAAGUGUCAAGAUAGUCUAUUAGUAAUGAUGUUGGUUGAGGGAUAAAUGCCAUUUAGGAAAUUGGAACUGCCCCACUUCACCUUGAAGUACAGCUGAAGGAUCUUUGUGUCCACCUGUGAGGGUGGUGAAGGCCUUGAUUUAAUAUCUCAGUUUCCACUGAACUUCAGUGAAAGCUCAGCUUUCUGUUUUAUGCUUAAGUAUUUGGAGGGGAACUUGAACGUCCUACUAUUGACUCAGGAGAGAGCUUCUGUUCUGCCAUGACUCACAUGUUGAAGCCUCUAUUUAAACCUUUGUCACUUAUUAACUAUGCUCAUUAAUAAAUGUGAUAAGGAAUUCUUGAGAAACAGCUUCACUGAGUGUGAUUUGACUUCUUUCCACAGAAGUAGAUGAGGCAAAUAGUAUGGGUACAUUCAAUGGUAAACUAGAUAAGUAUGUGAAAGAGAGCAAUAUGAUACAUUAAUAAUGUAGAUUAAUCAUGUAGAGCAACAGAUUACAUGUAUGGAGCAUGAACACUAGGAUAGACCAUUCAGACUGAAUAGUGUUUCUGUUCUUUAAUCAUAUGUAACAAAGCUGUGUGAAAAAAUGGAGUCUAUUAAUUUAUUUGAAUUGAUGCCAAAUAUUAAAGGAAAACACUUAAAAAUCAA